CUUGUGUUCGCAGACGCCAUGGUGACGGUGGGUGACCGGCUACUCAACCCGUUCAACAUCGAGAACGUCGUACGCCCCAUCAACUUGCAGAUCUCUGACGCAGUCAUGAACUUCCAGCUUGCCGGUGCCAAUAUCUCCAACAUGAUUUUCCAAGGCUGUGGUCAGCCGUCUCUCGGUCGAUCUCGGCGAGACACGGACGAAACUUCAGCAGCUUCUCCCGUUGCUGUGAACCCUGAGGACUUGCCAAGUGUUGACGACCACGAGAGCCUGAACGUAAACAAGAGGAACGCCCAGCGGGGUGAAGAGAGUUCCAACAACAGCGUCACUUCUAAUGAACGACCAGGACGUCGUCGUAACCGACUCAAUAGCAGUGCCCCUGAGGGUGGUCGGCAGCGACCUGUUAGACCUGAUGGUGCCAAGCAGCGCCCUGGCGGAGGACAACGCCGUGUUGGUAGUGGCCGCCGCAAGGUGGCGAAUGGUGGCCGUCGCCGUGGCGAGGCUGGAGGCGUGAGAGGCGGCGGUGGAGAGCUGCAGCUGGAGAAGUUGGACUUCAGUGGUCCUGAAGGUCGCGGUGCCAACACGCCCUCGCUCAACACGCUCAUCAGGGAGAUCAAGACUAAGCUGGAGAACUCCCGGCAAUUCCUCGAGGAGCUGAGCCCUCAGCUGUGCGGCGAGAUCGCCAGCGACCAGGACUCCUCGUGUUGGAUGGGCACGCACCGUGGCAGGUCAGCAGACUCGCCGCUGCCGGAACUAAAGCCUCCUCCUCCACACGCCGGCGUUCACGAGCAGACGUAUCGCCUGCAGGGCAUCACACGUCUGCUGCAGGCCGCUGCUAACGGCCAGGACAUCGCUUACCUCGAGGAGCAACGUGUCAACGAUGACUCCCUUUACUCGAUGAGCGACCAUGGCAGUGGCAGCGGUGACUGGGCUGACGAUGAUGGCUGGGGUGACGAUGAAACCGUGCACGGGUCGCCUCGUGGUCGUGACCGUAACAGUAACCGUCCCAGCAUUACGUCCAUGGACCGUAACUUCCCUCCUGACGACGAGGACGGAUACAACGGAGCGAGUUCCGGCGACGGCUUGAACGGCUACGGCGAUCAUACCACUCGGCGCAAUAAUUAUCACCACGGCAACGACAUGUCCAGAGGCGGAGGCAGCUACCCACGUUACGAUAACCCUUACGAAGGCUCGGGAACUCGAGAUAACGAUUAUUCCACCCACCGAAACCGAAAUUACGAUUCUCCAUAUCGCCCCGAUCGACCACCACAUUACAGCGAUCCCGAUAUCCACCCCAAUGUUAAUCCCCCAUCUGGGGUGGCCAAGGAAGACAUGACUUUCACUAAAGCCGUCACAGUGUAUCUCAUACCUGCCAUUAUCAUGUAUUUCGGAUCCAUUGGAUAAGCGCAUACAGUGCGAGUAAAGUGUAGUUUUUGUGAACUAGUCCCUGACUGCAAGCGUCGCUAGGUAGCUAUGCCAUGUCCGUGUGGCACUUUAAAAAUUAUGAAAGCGAUGCGAGCUUGGAAGAAAUCUGGAUGGCAGCUCGUGCAACGCGGCAACUUUUGCAGCAGUUGUUAGCACUGAGGUAUCCGUACCGUUGCGUUGUUUUGGGACGGUAGCUAUCAAGAUAGAAGUAGUAUAUUAUCAGUACUCCUAUUCGUGUCUUAGCAAGUCAUUCACGUGGCAAAGGAUUUCAGUCUUAGGACAGAAGGAAUUCUGCUGGUGAGUGGCCAGUAAUUACGUCUUAUAUUAACAGUUCUUCAUUGUAUGAUCGAAAUGGUCAAUAACUGUUUGACAUUAAUUUCAUAAUUCUAAUAUCUCAUUUAACGAAAUUGUUAUUCAUUCAUGGAUUUAGUGCAUGCGUUUCUGCCAUGCGUUUUUGUGGUAAGAAUUGACUGUAAAAUCCACAGUAGAUUAUAUUACAUUCCUACAAAUCUGUAGAAAGGAAUGUUGCUGUUGCAUACAUACACUAUUGUUUCUAGUUUGUUCUUAUAAUUUAUUUACUUUCGGAUGGUACAGGCUUCUGAACUUGUGUUCCGCAUGACCUGGUCGUCGUCUCCAUAUUUUGUGUGCAAACAUGCAACCCGAAUGAGGGUGCAAUUCGGUUCUCAAUUUUCUUAGACUAUAAAUUUUAACUUUUGCGAAGGGUCGACUCUCAUAUCAAUUCAUCUCGCGAUGCAUUAUGUGGCAUCUUUAGUUUUGCGCGCAGAGAAGUAUCGCUUUCAAUUUAUUUGCAUCAUUUAUUGCCUUUUCAGUCAGCUGAUGGUGACGUUUGUGAAAACCAAAAUCCUCAUGUGCCAUUCCACCGUUUUCUUUUUUUUCUACAUUCACGCCUUGCAAGUUAGCUGUACUAAAUACCGUCAGGACUUAAUCAAUUAGAGGUAGACUCUCUAAAGGAAUAGGAGCCAAUGCGAGUCCGUAGAACAAGUUUCUCAGGAUAAUUAACAGUAUUCUGAUUUAGCAUUCCCACGAAUGUAGCAUGCUUGACUGAACCUUUGUUUUGCCUCAAUCGCAUAGGCAUUAUAUUUGUGCGUAGAAGCUUGCUAAUAACAAUAAUGAAUCAUAAUUCUUGCAAAGUUUGAUCUUGUAAAUAGCUCGACGUGUACAUUGAGUUAGCUUUAAAUGACUUAAUUUAAUCAAUAGUUGUCUAGUACUGAGUCUUAAUCUUCGUUGGAGCUCCUACUAUUAACGCGAGUCAUUGAGUCAACAUUUAAUUAACUUAACUGUCUCGUUGGUGAAGUAGAUAGUCUUCACUACUCUAAUCAUCAGCCACUGUAAUGCUGGCCCUGUCUUUGUUGCCUGCAACUGUGUAUGCUAACCCUUAAUUUUUAAUCUUGACCUCUGUUACAAGGUAAUAUGUAAAUGAACUGAGAUUCUCUUCGAGUCACAAGAAACAUCUGGCAGCUUCUACUAGCCGUGUGAACUGUUGAUAAAUUGCGUUACGUGCAGCCUUAUAACGUGAGCGUGUGGGAUGUAUACAAAAAUUUCAGCUAGAAUUGAAAUGAUAGUUACUAAUCCACGGAUAUUUACGUACAUGCAAUACUGUGUUCAUUUUAUUAAUGAGAGAUUUGUUAUUAAAUUCUAUAUCUGUAUUAACGCACUCGUAGAGUUUCUUCCUCCGUUUUCCUAUAAUCGACUGACUCCUUUAUGCGUAUAUCUCGACUUUCAUUCGAAUUCGAAGCAUUUUUCAGAGCUCAUUACACGAGAUAUUUUUGCACUACUGCUGUAGGAGGCUCUUGCUCUUCACGAAGGCUGGAUGCUCUUCACGAAUCCUUAAAUCAAAGCAAUACGUUACAAGUCUUAUUUACAUGUAAAUGAAGGCGUUGCUGCAUGUAGGUGUUACGUAAUUUGCACAAUGAAGUGAAUGAACUUAACCAUAUCAAGUAUCAGGUCUACGUGUCUAGCUUAGUUUUUAUAGACCUAAUGCUGAGCGAAGAUGACGCCUGCACUGGUAUUCUACACUAAAUUUGUCUUCUUUUCAUCGUACAUUUUUGAAAAUACGUGUUGCAAUAUUCUCGUACCACAUUUGCAUAUUACCGUCCACAAGAUUUAUUCACCUACAACGGAAACGACGGUUGAUAUACUUCCGAUAUUUUUAUGUUUACUGGAUUGCUGUCUUUCACGGGAUUGUGCUUUGCAAUUUUAUUUUUUUUUUAUGCUGCGAUUGGAGGUUUCGUUUUCAGGGCGAACAGAAAUACAUUUUGGUCGGUUCUUUCCUUCCGUGAAAUCAUUUGUCGUCAUCGUAGAAUAUUCCAUGAAAGGUUCAGCAUGUACUGAAAUGAUGAGUUCUUUCGUCAUUUGCUAGUCAUAUUCUGUAGCUUCUGCUUUACAUGUAAAAUGUCACCGAGUGUGAUCAUUGACCAUCAUAAAACUGAUAGCUUUGUUAUUUGUAAUAAGAAUCGUGAACUGGUGAAAAUACAGAAUACCUCUAGGCUUCCUAACACAGUAACAGCGCUAUCGUGCCGCAUAAGUUACUUUGGCGGAAGGGUUAAUAUAAUCUCGAAUAACUUGUAGCUAAUACAUGGUCGAGACUGAUUGAAUCAUGAUAAAGGAAAAAUCUGUACAGCAGCUAUUAGUUUGUACCAUUGAUUUUAUUCGAAAACGUGAAGAAUAUUUCGGCCAUUACAAACGGCAUAUAUCUCAAUUAUAACUGAGAAGCAAAAGAUAGGUUAGUUAUCCUGAAUUAAAAUAAAUACCACAUGAUUAUAUUCGAAUUAGUGAGCGUCAACAGUUAAUUCUGAGUCCUUAUGCUGCACACAACGCCUCACUUGCUGAUGGGUGGACGCGCAUCGCUUGCUGUCAUGUACGUCAUUUUAUUAUUGUAAAUAAAAUGUAGAUCGUGUAAUGCUAAAA